CCCCGGCGCGCAGCCCCUGGCGGGGGAGGGCGCCGUCUGCAGGACCCUGGCAUCCGGUCCCCAGCCUCCGCCCUCCCCUGGGACCCGCGGCCUCCCGCCCACGGCUUUUCCCAGCCCUGCCCCUCGCCCUCCGCUCCAGCCGGAGCCCCAGCGUUCCCAGGAUCCUGAGCCCGCGCCCGGACGGCCGGGCUGCCAGCUCCCGCGACUGCAGGCUUCCCCCUCUUUGUCUCAGCCUUUCCAUCUUCUUCUCUGGGUUCCCUUUCCUGGUCCCCCUCUUUCUGUCACCGUGCCUGCGCCUCCCCCGCUACUUACUCCCAGGGGCCCCUCCCUGGGUUUAGACUGCGCUCCCGCCUCCCAGCCCCCGACUGAGCGCGGCGGCCGGGAGCCCAUGGGGUCCGGGUCUCCGAGCCGCGGGUCUCUCUGCAGGCCCGCCGCGCCGCCCAGCCAUGCCUGAGGGAGCCCGCGCCCCGAGCCGGCCCAAACCUAGCCCCAGCCCCGGGUGUGGCCGCAGAGGUGAAGUGUGUGACUGUGCGACCGAGUGUGACACUCGGACAGCAGCCCCUGCAGCCCCCGCCAUGGCCUCGCCCCGGGGUUCUGGGAGCUCCACCUCUCUGAGCACCGUGGGCUCUGAAGGGGACCCCGCCCCAGGGCCUCCCCCAGCCUGCUCAGCCUCCAGGCCAGAGCCCCUCCCGGGGCCCCCUAUCCGCCUGCAUCUGUCGCCUGUGGGGACCCCGGGUUCAGCAAAACCCUCGAGGCUGGAGCGAGUGGCCCGAGAGAUCGUGGAGACGGAGCGGGCCUAUGUCCGGGACCUGCGCAGCAUCGUGGAGGACUACCUCGGCCCUCUGCUGGAUGGCGGGGUCCUGGGGCUGAGCGUGGAGCAGGUGGGCACGCUGUUCGCCAACAUCGAGGACAUCUACGAGUUCAGCAGUGAGCUGCUGGAGGACUUGGAGGGCAGCAGCGGCGCGCGGGGCAUCGCCGAGUGCUUCGUGCAGAGGAGCGAGGAUUUUGACAUCUACACAUUGUACUGCAUGAACUACCCGAGCUCCCUGGCCCUCCUCCGGGAGCUAUCGCUGUCUCCGCCAGCAGCCCUGUGGCUGCAGGAGCGCCAAGCCCAGCUUCGCCACUCACUGCCGCUGCAGAGCUUCCUGCUGAAACCCGUUCAGCGCAUCCUCAAGUACCAUCUGCUGCUGCAGGAACUGGGGAAGCACUGGGCAGAGGGCACAGGCAGUGGGGGUCGCGAGACGGUGGAGGAAGCUAUUGUGUCCAUGACAGCGGUUGCCUGGUACAUCAAUGACAUGAAGCGCAAGCAGGAGCACGCCGCACGCCUCCAGGAAGUGCAGCGGCGGCUGGGUGGCUGGACGGGCCCCGAGCUCAGUGCUUUCGGGGAGCUGGUGCUGGAGGGCGCGUUCCGCGGUGGCGGAGGGGGCGGCCCCCGGCUGCGAGGGGGCGAGCGGCUGCUCUUCCUGUUCUCACGGAUGCUGCUCGUGGCCAAGCGCCGGGGGCCGGAAUACACCUACAAAGGACACAUCUUUUGCUGCAACCUCAGUGUCAGCGAGAAUCCGCGAGACCCUCUAGGGUUCAAGGUGUCUGACCUGACCAUUCCCAAGCACAGGCACCUGCUCCAGGCCAAGAACCAAGAAGAGAAGCGGCUGUGGAUUCACUGUCUGCAGCGCCUCUUCUUCGAGAACCACCCCGCCUCCAUCCCUGCCAAGGCAAAACAAGUUCUCCUUGAAAACAGCGUGCACUGUGCUCCAAAAAGUAAGCCUGUCCCAGAGCCCCUGACACCCCCGCUUGGAUCUCCCCGACCUCGAGAUGCUAGAAGUUUCACUCCUGGACGGAGGAACACAGCUCCGUCUCCUGGCCCCUCUGUGAGUCGCCGCGGCCGCAGGCAGUCUGAGCCGGUGAAGGACCCCGACGCCGUGUUCCCACAGAACGCCAAGCCAGGAUUCAAGCACGCUGGCAGCGAAGGGGAGCUCUACUCCCCGGCAGAAACUCAGCGGUCAGUUCCAGCGUCCGGACCCCCGGAGGAGCUGGAGGACGCCGGGCCCCCCACGCUGGACCCUUCUGGGACCUCAAUCACUGAGGAAAUCCUGGAAUUGCUCAACCAGAGAGGCCUUCGGGAUCCAGAGCCAUCCGCCCAUGACAUUCCCAAGUUCCUAGGAGACUCCCAGGUGCCGGGUGACAGUGAGACGCUCACAUUCCAAGCCCUGCCCAGCCGGGACUCUUCAGAAGAGGAAGAGGAGGAAGAGCUGGAGAUGGAUGAACGGGGGCCUUCCCCGCUCCACGUCCUAGAGGGGCUGGAAAGUUCAAGUGCAGCUGAAAUUCCCAGCAUUCCCUGCCUUACCAAAAUUCCUGACGUACCCAACCUCCCUGAAAUUCCUGGCCAUUCUGAAAUUCCCGAAGUUCCCCGCCUUCCUAGUCUCUCUGACAUAUCCAGUGUUUUUGAAAUGCCCUGCCUUCCAGCCAUACCUAGUGUCCCCGACAUUCCCAGUCUUUCCAGCUCUCCUGCCCUCCCCGGUGACGCCUGGCUCCAGGGACCUCUGCAGGAGCCAGCUGAGGUUCUAGCCUCCAGGAGAGAACUGUUUCCUGGAAGCAAUCCCAGAAAACUGGGAGAGCCCCCACUAGGAAGCAGGGCAGGGCAGGAGGAGGAUGAGGAAGGGGUGUCAUUCCCAGAUUUCCAGCCCCAGGACAGCAGCCGACAUCAGGGAUUCCCAGAGGAGCUGGAAUUCCGCUCUUGCUCAGAAAUCCGGAGCGCCUGGCAGGCACUGGAGCAGGGACAGCUGGCCCGGCCAGGCUUCCCAGAGCCACUGCUGAUCCUGGAGGAUUCGGAUCUGGGUGGAGACAGCAGGAGUGGGAAGGCAGGAGCCCCGAGUUCGGAGAGGGCAGCGUCCCGGGUGCGAGAGUUGGCCCGGCUCUACAGCGAGCGGAUCCAGCAGAUGCAGCGAGCGGAGACGCGGGCAUCAGCCAACGCCCCCCGCCGCCGGCCGCGGGUUCUCGCCCAACCCCAGCCAUCCCCCUGCCUGUCCCAGGAGCAGGCUGAGCCAGGGCCCCUGCCUGCCUUUGGACACGUGCUGGUGUGUGAGCUGGCCUUCCCGCUGACCUGUGCUCAGGAAUCUGUCCCCCUGGGCCCUGCUGCCCAGGUUCAGGCUGCCACACCUUUGUCCAAGCAGGGAGGCUGCCUGGAUGGCCAGGGUCUGAAUGUUUCAGAUUUGCCUGAGCAAGACCAACUGGGUAUCCGCGUUCCUGCUACCACCCCUUUGCCCGAGCACGGAGGCCUGCAGGAUACCCAGGCUGCAGACACCACCCCGUUGCCCAAGCAGGAAGGCCCCCCAGACAGCAAGGUUCCAGCUGUCACCACUUUGUCUGAUCAGGGCCACUUGGAAAUCCAAGUUCCAGCUACCACCGCUUUGCCUGAGUGUGGAAGCCACAUGGAUGUACAGGUUCCACCUACCGCCUUUUUGCCUGAGCCGGGACACCACGUGGACAGCCAAGUUCCAGCCACCGCAGCUUUGCCCGUGCAGAGUUGUUCUGAUGUCCUGGUUUCAGCCGCUGUACCAGUGCCCAAGCAGGAAGGCCACCUAGACAGUCCGAGCACAACCAGCAUCCCAGUAACUGAGCAAGGUUCCAGGGAUGUUGAGGACCCAGCCACCGUCUGCGGUGACGCCAUCAGCCCUCUACUAAUGGGUGGAAGCAGCCUGCACCCUCAGAUCCCAGCCCGCGCCCCACUGCCCUUGCCACGUGACCUCCCAGACAUUCAGGUUCACGGUACCUCACCAUCACCUGCACACGGAAGCCACCUCGACCAUCACAUCCCAGCCGACACCACACUGUCUUCGCCCCAAGACCUCCCAGACAUUCAGGCUCCAGCUGUCACACCUUUGACCCCACCACAAGGCCUCCCAGACACCCAGAGUCCAGCUGUUGCACCUCUGCUUCAGGAGCAAAGCCUCUCAGAUGUACAGGUCCAAAAACUCACACCCUUGCGGGAGCAGAAGAGCCUCACAAAUGUCCCCGUUCUGGCUGCCAUGCCUUUACCUGAGCAAGGAGGCUCUCUGGACACGCAGGGCCUGUGCCCCGGCCCAGUUCAGACCACUGUGGCUUUGUCCAAACCAGGAGGCCACUCAUUCUCCCAUGUCGCCAGGUCAGAGUCUUCAGACUUGACCCCGCCCCAGAGCCCCCCGCCCCCCAGCCGCCAGCUCCUCGGCCCCAACGCAGCUGCCCUCUCCAGAUACCUGGCGGCUUCGUAUAUCAGCCAGAGCCUGGCUCGGCGGCAGGGGCCUGGGGGAGAGGCCUCCCGGGGCCCCUGGUCCUCCUCUGCCCCCACGUCCCGGGCACCUUCGCCACCACCCCAACCCCAGCCCCCGCCACCCCCAGCCCGGCGGCUCAGCUACGCCACCACGGUCAGCAUCCAUGUGGGGGGCGGGGGGCGGCUGCGGCCAGCCAAGGCCCAGGUCAGGUUGAACCACCCUGCUCUCCUGGCCCCCACCCAGGAAUCCGUGGGCCUUCGCAGGGCACAGGGGGCUCCGGAUGCCCCUUUCCACACGUGAGUGGGGACACGAGACUUCCCAGAAAGCGAGGACGCAAGCCAGAUGCCACAGACCCUCAGAACUUCACUCAGAUGUCCCGACACUGAACACAGGUCUAAAAGUUGCCGCAGGUCCGGGUAUCUGCCUUGGUGAAUGGCCCUUUUUGCCUUGAUACAGCAGGGUGGGGAAGGGGAUGUCAUUAAUAUCUUAUUCAUUCAUAAAUGUGGAAUUACGAGUAUUUUCCAUUCUGGAGGUGGUGGCGGGAGAUGACAAGGAAUGGGAAGGUCUGACAAAGAACAAAUCAGUGGUUCUGGAAAUCUGGGAAUCUCAAACUCCUUUAAGAAUGAUUAGAAAGUGGACCCACUACAAGUUGUACAAUUGGGUAUAUGGUUUCA